AUGUUGGCAGACUUAGUAAAAUAUGAAGCAAAGAUUAAACAUUUAGAAGACACCAUUAAGAAUCUAGAGAAGCAGCAAUCAGCUGCACCGCCGAGUUGUGUUCCAUUUGGCGAUGAUAUUCAAACAAUUCGUGUGCCUGGUGCGGAUGCCUUCCAGGUGCCCUGUGAUUCAAAGCUGGCUGGCAACGGCUGGAUUGUUAUUCAGCGCAGGAUCGAUGGAAGUGUGAACUUUAAUCAAACAUGGGAUGAGUAUCAGCAUGGAUUUGGAGAGCUGCGUGGUAACUUAUGGCUCGGAUUAGAGCGACUGCAUCUGCUGACCAAGCAUCAGCCCCACGAGCUCUAUAUACAGCUGCAGGAUUUCAAGAACGAAACUCGUUAUGCACGCUCUCUUUAA